UGUCGGUUCGGUUUCAAUUUUUUGCCUCUCUCACUCUCUCUCUCUCUCUAUCUCUAGAGUCUCACUCUCUCUCUCUUUCUCUGUGCGCUUGUUGGCUCCAUUUUCAGCUUCCUCAGGAUCAUCACUGACCUCUGUCUUGCUCUCUCUCUGAUCCCUCAUUCUGGGUUUGAAUCGCUUCUAGCUCCUCCUGUCUACUUCGGCUCAGUAGAUCUCACUGUGGGAUCGCUUCUUCGUCCCCGAUCGCGACGCUCGGGGGUCGAUCACUAGGGUUUCUGGUGCUUCGCCGGCUUCGGGGAGCUGCUAGAUCUUGCUGAGGGCCGACGCAAAUGCCGGAUCCGGGUGAAAAGGGAUCGACGGACUGUUCCGACGGAGCUUCGGCGGAGGGGAAGAAGACCUGCGCCGAUUGCGGGACCUCCAAGACGCCUCUCUGGCGAGGCGGCCCAGCUGGCCCUAAGUCUCUGUGCAAUGCGUGCGGGAUCAGGAGCAGGAAGAAGAGGCGGGCCGUGAUCGGGCUCAACAAAGUCGGGGUGGAGAUCAAGAAGGCGAAGCGCAGCGGCAGCGGCGGCGGCGGGAACGGCAACGGCGGCUCCUUGAAGCGGAGGGUCUUGGCCUGGGGGAGGGAAGUGCUGAUGCAGAGACUGAGCGACGAGAGGCAGAGGACGAAGCUCGGAGAGGUCGAGCAAGCCGCGGUGCUCUUGAUGGCUCUGUCGUACGGCUCUGUCUACGCCUAGACUUUCCAUUGAAAUUUUUUUUUAGGAAUAAGGAGGCGAGAGAGAAAGCUGCUCAAAGUUCCGACCUUUCUUCUAGGGUUCCCUUCCUUUUCAUGGUGUCUGUCGACUUUUGUAGGUGGGUGGUGGUGGAGAUCGUCUCUUCUCUUGUAAUCUUUGAUUUUAGAUCUGAUGGUGAUUAUGAUGAUGACUAACUGUUCUUGGGAGUAGUCGUAGAUGGGUGUCGUUGAGUGUAACCUUGUAGUAGCAGAGCAAAAAAGAUUCUGUAAUGUGCUAACAAUUUUUAUUAUAUGAUGUUCCAAAAUUUAAUUUCCA